ACGUUUAACGCCAUAUUUUAUAUAAAAACUUUAAAUAUAUUGCUGUGAUAAGUAAUAUUUUCCUUUAAAAUUAUUUUCGGAUUGUAUUUCGGACAUCUGCCGUUCGGAUGCAGCUUCUUGAUAAAAAAAUUAAUGAAGGAAAAGAAAUCUAUGGUGUAUUCUCCAUGCUGGCAAUGUUGGAAAUACCAUACAAUACAAAUAAAUUUUAUGUGCCAUCAGCUUAAAGGUUUUUGUUUGACACUAAUGCAAAGAACGUAUUUUAUUCUCUGAUUUCGUGGUCGUGUGAAAGAAACGAAUGCAAGGAUUUUAAGCACAACUUGCAUUGAGAAACAGAAUUAAUUCCCUACCCCACACAAAUUUUUUCAUUCAUAUAAUAUUUAGAAAAAUAUUAUUUGUUUCUGAGAGUUUUGCAAAUGAUAAAAUAAAUUAAAGUCUCUAAAAGUUGUGGAAUAGUAGGGAUACGCAAAAUAAAAGUGUUCCCCCAAAAAAAGUAUAGAUUUGUUUUUCUGAAGUGGGUGGUGACAUAUUUAAUGGACCAAAAGGAGUUGCAAAAAUAAGAAAAUUAAAGUAUUUUUAAAAAAAUAUUAACUCGCUGUCAGCAACAAGUUUGUUCGCUAAUUUUUUGCGAUGGAGGUACAUCUGAACGAAACAGAAUCGCGUUUUUUUGCUGGCUUAUUUAUAUACUGUGACGUGGAAAAAGUGGGUAAAAUUCCUAUACUAAAAGCCAUGGAAUUAUAUCGGUCAGCAAAUGUACAAAAUGACAAAAUUGUUGAGAUCACUGUUCUUGCCGGCAUACCCUCAUCUGCGUUAUAUAUUUCACGGGAUCAGUUCUAUUCAUGUCUCAAACUUAUUGCCGCGUAUCAAUCUGGGAUGCCACUAAGACAUGAGAUUAUAACAGCGCCCCUUACUUUACCUCUGCCCCGUAUCAGUUUGAAGGAUUCGCCUGGUAAUUGCGAAUCAAAUAUUUCAAAGAUACAGCAGCCUUCGAAUGGAUCAAAUGUGAUACCACCUCCUCCAGUUGCUGAACGGAAAAAUUCAUUGCCUCAUAGAUCCAAUGAUUGGUUAGUUGAAGCAGAGGAAAACAUCUCCUCUCAAAAAGCGACAAUAUCUCAACAACAUCUUCAGAAGCAGAAGGAUGUUUCUAUAAGCUCAGAUGUACCUAGUACAGACUCAGAAAUUGAUCAAAAUGAGUCAAAUGGUGGGGCCAAUAGGGUAGUUAACAGUGAAAGUAGUGGGCAUGAAGCGCUGAGGAAUUUGGGCUCACCAGAAGCAUGGAGUACUAAUAGUGAUAGUCCCACGCCAACAAAUAGUGUUACAGAACGUCAAUGGACAAAAGAAACAUUAUGGCAUGGUAUGUUGGGCGAUGAGCAUCGGCAACUUCUCGGAACAGAGGAGGAAUCUUCAGAUCGUCAUAGCAGCGAAGAAGAAAAUGAAAGUGACCUAGAAAGCGUAUACCAAAUUACUCCCGAACAACGUGAUUAUUAUUACAACCAAUUUAAAUCUGUUCAACGGGAUAAUAAAGGACUGCUUUCUGGACAGGUUGCAAGAGUAUUUUUUGAAAAAUCAAGGAUACCAAUUGAAGAAUUGAGGCAUAUUUGGCAACUAUGUGAUGUAUCACGUGAUGGAGCUUUAAGUUUAGCAGAAUUUACCGCUGCUAUGCAUUUGGUGGUGUUAAGGCGUAAUAAUAUACCCUUACCAACGGUUCUUCCUUGUUGUUUGCACCCAACUAUGCUUCAACAUAAUUCCCAACAUGAAACCUUAAAUACUUUAUCCCAAGACCCGCCUGAAGCAGAUUUGUUGCACUUAAAUGAUGAUGAUGAAGAGGACAAAACUGAUAAUACGGUAAUAGUAACUAAAAAUGCAACUCUCCAACGGGGUGUUACUGACAAAAACAUUACGAGUAUAAAUGUACCUUCAACAUCACAUGUAACAAUGAAGGCUGGGUCCGGUCAAGGUAAUCAAGUUUCAAUUACACCUCCUUUGCCACAUAUUCAGAAAAGCAGUAGUAAAACCAAUUCCCCAAUAGUAGAAUCUAAAACCACGCCUUCAACAACUGUGGUUCAACCAAACGAACGAAACAUAUGGGUUCCUGCAGACAUCCCUCCUACACAAUGGACUAAAUUUACCGAAUCUCCUACAUCAAAUGUGUCGAGUCCUGGUCCAAAACCAGUAAAUUUUGACAUGCAGCGCACGGCACAAGCUGUAGUAUCCGAUCCACAAAUAUUACAUCCAGUGCCUUUACGGGUAACUCCAGUUGGAAAUACGAUAACUGCUGCCGAAACAAUUAACCAGGACGUGCACGAUUUGACAAAUCACCAAGACAGUAGUCCUAAACAAUCAUCAACUGCACCGACAAUCGGAACCAGCUCCAACAAUACCAAUAAUGCUGGAAAUGUAACACUUAAUCGAGAAGCUCUUCAAAAUAACGAUCUACGUGCAAUUCAGCGACCUCAGGCAAAAAAAUUAAUUCCAAAAAAUAUCGGCGCGUUGCCUCCCCCACCACAGCGUGAGUCCAGCAUAGGUAGUGCCACUGCAGUCACAAGUAAUCAAAACACACUAUCAGGCGUUUCUGCAUGUAGUGCGGAUAAUAACGAACUAGUCAGUGGCAGUCAACAUCAACAAUUAUUGCCAAAUAAAAAGGACCCUCCACCAUUACCACCACCACGACUCCUUCGCCAUGGUCGUAGCAGUAGUUUGGAUUUGAAUAAAUUCAAAAUAUCUGCCCCCAUUGGUAACCAGCCAGAGAUGAUAGCCCAGGUUAGUUUUGAUAUGCAGAUGUCUACUGGCUUUGCUGAUUUUACACAAUUUCAUGGUGAAGAUGUGAAAGACACAUAUCCCGACCGUCAACAGUAUUCUUUACCUCCAGCACAGCCAAUAUCAUCGAAUACAUUUGCAAAAGUUUUCACUCUGCCUCCAACGCGAGUUUCACUGCAACAAUCGAAUCAACGUGUUUCAGCGUUUGAGGUAUAUAGAAAACCGAAUACACCUAGAAAUUCUGAAUCACCUAAUCCGAUAAUACAAAAGAGUUAUACGGCACAACCGAUUCAACCGACACCUCCUAUUUCGAUUCCUUUUGGUGCAGCUGGUGCAGCCGCAAUCGCACAGCAAUACCCAUUAGCGACAGCGUUGCCCAAUGCUGAUACGUAUGAAAAGCGUGUGAAUGCAAUUACCGAGACAUUAAAACAUGUAUCAUUUAAACACGAAAACAAUAUGACAGAUGUCCUGCGACACCUUCGUGAACAAAAUAAUAUAUUGUUACGUUUGUGCAAUGAUUUAAGUGAUGAAUUGCUGUCAGUUCAAACUCGGAAAGAGGAACUACGAUUGAAAAUGGACACCUUAGUAUUAACUGAGUCCUCAGCUGCAAACUACAGCCAACUUCAAAAUCAAUUAAGUUUGCGAGCUGAUUCGUCCAAUUCUGCACCCGUUACAGCCAACGUUACUGGGGGAUCAGGCAGCUCUGGGGUACAUUCAAAUGUGUAAAAAAAAUAAUUUUAACUGCAGUUUUGCUUGAAAUGAUAAAGUUAUGAAUCUAGGAUUAAUCGAAUAAAACAUGCUUUAUGUA